GAACCGUACGUACAUGAGACAAUUUUCUGUGCGUCUUUGCUGGAUUGAGCUGGGAAUGCUUCAAUCAACGUUGCUUCGUCCCGUUGGCGUAUUGGAUCAUGAUGAAGGGGUACAAAAAUCUCGCAAAAUCAAGAGAGUUGAGUUGCUCUAUUUUUGCGCAAAAUCAGGAGAGUUGAGUUGCUCUAUGUUGUAUUAUACUACAAGAAUGUUACAAAGACUAGAUUGUUUCAUUUAUUUUGUCAUCUUGAUACACAAGGAUCAAUAUGUUUUUACAUACUUCGUUAUAUCCUUCUCAGAUUCUUAAAGGAACAGACAUUGUCUUGUCGACUGUACAAAAUGCUGUAAAAUGGGCCAAAUACGGAAAGGGCUUUAAAGAUUUCAAGAUUUGCUUUCCUAACGAAAUGCUUUCACUUGUUCUUCCAUUCUCGUUUUCGCAUCGUUCAACUUCAUCGACGGUCUCUGCCUUGUUGAGCGAAAAAGUAUCCCUGGCAUAGAAGCUCUGUUCAAAAAUUAUUCGUCUCCUUUUGUCAAUAACGAAGAAUAUUGUGAAAUGUUUAAGUGCAGAAUUUGGUUGCUCGUCCUGCGUAUGUUGAGACGAAAAGUCUAUUUACAAGGUUACACGACAACGGAUGACAUUCAAUUUCUGAACAUCAUUGUGAAAUAUUACCAAACUUUUCGGUUGAAACGCGAGGAAGAAAGAAGACUUGAAGAAGUCGAAAAUGAAAGCUUAUGCAAGUUUAAAAUGCAAACGCGUUGUGAGGACGAGUUGUCCGAAGUUAAGCUAAAUCAGAAAGAUAUCGAAGAAAUAUUUACAAGAUUUGAUGAUGAUUUCAAAGAACUUGAGUCAGCGGAAAAACAAGAACUUUCACAUGGCAGCGCGAUGAAUACAAUCGAGAAGAAGAGCGAUAUUGGUGUUUUAGACCUAACACAGUUCUGUAAUAUGCAUCAGUUCAUAUUAUGUUGUGCUCCCAAUGUAUGCGAUGUGUUUUCAACCUUUAAUAACAAAGAUUAUCUGAAGGUGGAUGAAGAAAGAGAUGCGUUUGAAAUCGUGUUUCACCGUUAUAACAUUUCUUCUGAAGUGGUCCCACUUGCUGAUUUAUCCGAUGGUGAUUCACGGGACGAUAGUUCUCCCAGUCAUCUCAUUAUGAGCUCGAUGUUGAUGAGAUAUUUGUCCAGCCAUGAAGAAGGAGCUAAAAUUAAGAGGUGAAGAAUACGAUAUUUACCACGACAGCAAUUUAAAGGAAACUGCAAAAGUUGUAC